UAAAGAAAGAAAGAAAGAAAGAAAGAAAGAAAUCUUCUUCUUUUCUCUCAUUACUCUGUUUUCUAGAAAUGGCAGCUUUUACAUUUCAACCACAUUUUCAUCUUGACUCACUUUUCAUGUCAAACAACAAUUAUAUCAUCAAUCCAAUCUACUUUCCAUCAAUGCAAGAUUCUUCUCUUCAGAUUUUUGAUAACAAUGUUCAACAAAAGAUUGAACCUGGUAUGAGUGACAAAACUACCACAGAUAAUACUCCUACUUCAUCCAUUGUUGUUGAUUUGGAAGGUGGUGAUGAUCAAGUGAUUAACAGUCAAGAAAAAACAAACCCAUCAAUGGAGGAAAAGAAGAGGAAGAACGGAUCUUGUUUGGAUUCUGAUAUUAAGCAAUCCAAGGAUGUGAAACAGAGAAGUAAACCAAAGAGACAGAAGAAAUGUGAGGUAGAAGUGAAAGAAGAAAAGAAAAUCAAAGAUGACAAGAAGACGAAGAAGAAAAAAGAUGGUGAUCAUAACCAAACUGAUUAUGUUCAUGUUAGAGCACGGAGAGGUCAAGCAAGUGACAGUCACAGCCUUGCUGAAAGGGUAAGAAGAGAGAAAAUCAGUGAGAGGUUAAAAAUGCUGCAAAGUCUUGUCCCUGGAUGUGACAAGGUGAACAGUAAGGCACAUAUGCUGGAUGAAAUAAUCAACUAUGUCCAGUCCUUGCAAGUUCAAGUUGAGAUGUUGUCCAUGAAGCUUGCUUGUAUGAAUCCAACCUUGUAUGAUUUUGGGAUGGACGUAGAUGGCUUCUUCUGUCAUGAAUUGCAGAAACCAAUUACUAGCACCUUGGCAGCAGCAGCAUCAUCACCAUCACCAUUGCCAUUAACUACUGCUCAUCAAGAGUCCAUGGCUCCUGCACCAACUACUACUACUACAGCACCAACAGAAAUUGCUAAUGUCGUUACACCCACUUUCUCAUCCACAUCAAAUGACACCACUCUUCAUGAGAAUUCAGUUUCAUUUUCAACUAUUCAACAGCAGGAAGUACAGCAGCAGCAGAAACUCAAUGACUUCUCUCAAGUACUACUGCAACAGCAAGAAGUGCCCAAUAAUGAAGAUCUAUUGUGCUAUAUGGAUUAUUACCACCACCAUCUCCACAGACAAGAAGGGGCCACCAGCUUGUUCUUUUAUGAGUAAAUGUAUGCAUCAAUCAAAGUCCAAGCUAAACUAAUGGAGUAUGGUCUCUUAAUAAUGUAACCCAUUAAUGAGAGUAAAAAUAGAAAUGUAGCAUCAAAAGAAGACAUUCACUGUUUUCUUUGCUGUUGAUUAAUGAGUACAAGUACUAUUAGUGA